GGAAUAACCAGGUCACUCCACCCACCGGACCAUACUUAAGCUAUGCCCACCUCACAAGAGUUCUGGCUUGUCACCACAACAUUCGACCCGAUAUUCGAUCAGAUUUUGGUCACUUUUGGUGACUCUGGAAUCGCGCAGACUCACUCACAGCUUUUCCACCCAACUCAUUUCUCGGACAGAUUAGAGAUGGUCGGCGUAGACUUUCCGAACCUUCGUCAAGUAGAUAUAUUUGAUCUCCUCGGUCUCGAUCCGUACGCGUUACAGAACCUCACACCGGAGGCCCAACUCGAAGACAUCCGAAGGGCCUAUCGGAGGGUAAUGCUCGUCUCCCAUCCCGACAAAGCGGUGGAAAACGAUGACGGCAAGGCCACUCUACUGAAUGUAUUGAAGGACUUCCUUUGCAAUUUCGACAAACGCGACCCCGAGUUGUGGUCAACGUGUCUACACAUCCCCUCGGAGAACCUUCGAAAAGGCCCAACUCAAGCCACAGAAGUCAUCGACGUCGGAGCCUAGGCCGCUUGAUCCAAUUGUGGAGAAAACUGAACCACUUCCAUGGGCUGCAGACGUCGAACGGGCCGGAACCCCACCCCCAGCGCCGAAAUUUGUGAUUGGAGACAUCUUCUGUUGUACUGGAAACGUCUGUUGCACCGGAAGCCGGAAUCCUUGGUGUUUGGCGUUGAUUAUGGGGAUCGUCUCUCUCACAGUCAUUGCGAUUUUAUAGCUUUAGUCCUCUGUUGUUGCCUCUGUGGCUGAUGUUUAGACUAGUAAAUUUAGUUUUUAUAUGUAACCGAGGAUAUGAGGGGUCAAAAUGAGGGACUAAGCUGAUUGUAAGAAGCUAUCUGCUGAGCUGAAUAUAUACUUCGGGGUCUAUAGGUCACGUGUGUGGCUCCGUACCGUUACAUUAUAUUCUACAAACAGCGCUUAGCAUAUGCAUUCUUAAGGUUAAAAAUAGAAUAGAAGCAUGACA